AUGCUCUUUGGUUGGGGCCGGUGGGACCCGAACCCCGUAAAUGACUGGCGAAUGGUCAUAAGCUCAAUAGCCUAAGCUCCCGGGCAGCCCUAGUCAGGCAUGCGGCGUAUCUACGGAGUACGCAGUAAUAGGUACUCCACUCCCUGUCCACCUGCACAAUGUUGCAGAGUAGGCUUGCACCGGCCCCGUCGGCCCCCUCCAUCAAUAAAAAAUAUCACGGUAACAAUAAUUCGAAGAGGGAAAAAAAAAAAGGAAAGAAAGAAAAAACCUUCCCAUCUUAUGGGAUUGGUAUGCGGACUAAAUACAUUUAUGUAUUUGACAAGUUGCAGAGAUCUCUGUACUACAACAGCCAAGGCUGGUGAUCCAGUCACAUCCUCACAUACCUAGUGGCUAGUACCUUACCCAUAGCCUAUUGAGCCGAGUCACAACUCACAACCCGAGUUAGGUCUCCCACAAACCUACACUGGUCAGGCCCAUAUUUCAGGUCAAUAACAAUCAGACUUAAUCA